CGCAGGCGCGGGAGCCGGGGCCUGCGGACCCUGAGCUUUUUCCUCGGCAGCCCGGCCGGAUUCCUUCAGUGUAGCUAUUACAGCUGUACCAUAUGCCUUGAGGUGAUGAGGAGGUUUUUGUUACUCUAUGCUACACAACGAGGACAGGCAAAGGCCAUAGCAGAAGAAAUAAGUGAAAAAGCAGUUACGUAUGGUUUUUCUGCAGAUCUCUACUGUAUUAGUCAGUCGGAUAAGUAUGACCUGAAAACUGAAACAGCACCUCUUGUGAUGGUGGUUUCUACCACGGGCGACGGAGACCCGCCUGACACAGCCCGCAAGUUUGUUAAAGCCAUACAGGACAAGACGCUGCCACCUGACUUCCUGGCUCACCUGCGGUAUGGAUUACUAGGUCUGGGUGAUUCAGAAUACACGUACUUCUGUAACGGGGGGAAGGUAAUUGAUAAACGACUUCAGGAGCUUGGAGCCCAGCGUUUCUACAACACUGGCCACGCGGAUGACUGUGUAGGUUUAGAACUUGUGGUUGAGCCAUGGAUUAACGGACUCUGGGCUGCCCUCGAGAAGCAUUUUCUGUCGAACAGAGGAAGAGAGGAUACAAGUGAAACUCUCACGAUGGCAUCUCAUGCCUCCCAGAGGACAGAUCCCUUGACACCGGAAUUAUUACAUGUGGAAUCACAAGUUGGACUUCUGAGAUUAGAUGAUUCCGGAGGAAAGGCUGCUGAAGUUUUGGAACAAAAUGCAGUGAACAGCAGUCAAUCAAGUGCUUUGAUUGCAGACUUUGAGGCCUCGCUUACCUGUUCAGUACCCCCACUUUCACAAGCCUCUCUGAAUAUUCCUGCUUUACCACCGGAAUAUUUAGAGGUGCAUCUGGAGGAGGCCCUUGGCCAGGAGGAAAGCCACGCAUCUGUGAGUUCGGUGGAUCCAGUGUUUCACGUUCCAAUUUCAAAGGCAGUUCAACUGACUACGAAUGAUGCCAUAAAAACCACUCUUCUGAUAGAACUGGACGUUUCGAAAACGGAUUUUUCCUACCAGCCUGGAGAUGCCUUCAAUGUGAUCUGUCCCAACAGUGACUCUGAAGUACAGUUCCUGCUGGAGAGACUGCAGCUCGAAGACAGGAGAGAGCACCGUGUCGCCGUGACGAUUAAGGCAGACACGAGGAAGAAAGGCGCAGCCUUGCCCGAAUACGUACCUGAGAGGUGUUCUCUCCAGUUUCUUCUCACCUGGUGCCUCGAAAUACGAGCCAUUCCCAAGAAGGCGUUCCUGCGAGCCCUCGCGGACCACACCGGCGACAGCGCUGAGAGGCGGCGGCUGCAGGAGCUGUGCAGCCGGCAGGGGGCGGCCGACUACGCCCGCUUCGUCAGGGACGCCGGCGCCUGCCUGUCCGACCUGCUGCGGGCCUUCCCGUCCUGCCAGCCUCCACUCGGCCUCCUGCUCGAACAUCUUCCUAAGCUCCAACCCAGACCGUACUCGUGUGCAAGCUCAAGUCUGUUUCACCCAGGGAAGCUUCAUUUCAUUUUUAACAUUGUGGAGUUUUUGUCUAACACCACGGAGGUGGUUCUUCGGAGAGGCGUGUGCACAGGCUGGCUGGCCACCUUGGUUGAAUCAAUUCUUCAGCCGUACACGUGUGCAAACCAUGCAGAUGGCAAGAAAGCCCUGGCUCCCAAGAUAUCCAUCUCUCCUCGAACAACAAACUCUUUCCACUUACCAAAUGACCCUUCAGUCCCCAUCAUAAUGGUGGGUCCAGGAGCGGGUGUGGCCCCCUUCAUUGGUUUCCUGCAACACAGAGAGAAGCUCCAGGAGCGACACCCAGGGCGCCGCUUUGGAGCCACGUGGCUGUUCUUCGGCUGCAGACACGAGGAGAGGGACUAUUUGUUCAGAGAUGAGCUCAGACACUUCCUCAAGUGUGGAGUGCUCACUCACUUGGAAGUCUCCUUCUCGAGAGAUGCUGCUGUCGGGGAGGAGGAAGGCCCAGCCAAGUACGUGCAAGACAGCCUCCAGCAUCACAGCAAGCAGGUGGCGGGGGUCCUCCUCCAGGAGAGCGGUUACAUUUAUGUGUGUGGGGAUGCUAAGAAUAUGGCCAAGGAUGUCCACGAUGCCCUUGUGGAAAUAAUAAGCAGAGAGACUGGAGUUGAAAAACUAGAAGCAAUGAAAACAUUGGCCACUUUAAAAGAAGAAAAGCGGUAUCUUCAGGAUAUUUGGUGAUAAACCUGGAAAGUAAAAGAAGAGAAUUAAGCUUUUUUUUGGCGGAAAGUACUAACAUAAAACUUGACUUGAAGCUUGGGACUUUCAAUGUUUAAAUUUAAAAAAAAAUUUUUUUUUCAAUGUUUCUUGGAGGAGAUGGAGUGGGGCGUGGACUGUUUUAACCAUACAGGAAACUUUCAAUUCAGCUUUCCAUACCUCCCCCACUCACCCCUCCCCAAACCACCCUGAGCAGAAAGGCAGCCCUGACUCCUCCACCAGCACCUCCCGGGCCACCUCUAUGCCCUGGAGAAUUUUUGCAGGGACGUUGAACAGCGCACUGGGCAUCUCUGUCAGUGCGUGUGAAGGCUUCUCAGCACAGGAUGUGAGCUUCGGAGCCAACGUGGUAGGUGGUCAGGUCUUGUGAACUUGUUGCCAGUUUUUUUAAUAAUCUAAAAUUAAUUUAUAUUUUAUAUGAAAUACACCAUGAAGAGUAUUCAUAAGUGUAUUAAAAUUACAUAUGUAUAGUAAAUCUGAUUACAUGUUUACAUAUAAUUUUAUCAAAUGGUUUAUUACCGAAGCUAUAUUUCUGAUAAAAAUAUUUUAAGGUAAUGCUUACAGUGAUUCUUUUCUUGAUGCUAGAAAUAUAAGCUAUAUUUUGAAAUUCCACUCUGGCAUAUGAUUUACUUAGCAUGGUUAUUUCUUCUUAAUAUCACAGUUCGAGAAUUUAAAGAAAUUUGCAUUCAGAUUAUAGAUCCAUUUCCCAUCUUUUGACUUCUGCCCCUUUUGGUGUACUUUUAAAUUUUCCCACAUAAUUUAUUGUUAUUUCUGUGAUUGUAACCUGGGCUUAAAAUACCUACUUAAUACCCUUGUAUUUCAUAAAUUCCUACUAUUGUCUGAAUAUUUAUGUCCCCCAGCUUCCACCCUGCCCCCCAAUUCAUAUGUUUGAAUCCUCACCUCUGAUAUGAUGGUACUAGGAACUGGGCCUUUGUGGGGUGACAAGGUCAUGAUGGUGGAGCUCUUAGGAAUGGGAUCAGUGCCCUUGUUUCAAGACGCCCCACAGGGCUCCCUGCUCUUCCUGCCCUGUGAAGAAGACACAGUGUGAAGUUGGCAUCUGCAACCCUGAGGCCUUCACCAGAACCCAACAACACUGGCACCUGGUCUGAACUUCUGGCUUGCAGAACUGUGAAAGAUUUCUGUUGUUUAUAAGCUACUCAGUGAGAUCUUGUUACAGCAGGUCGAUUGGACUACUGGACUAAGACAAUUCCCACAGACCCAUUCUCUUUUAGUAUUUGUCAGAACAGAAAACAAAGUAUAAAAGGGGCAUGGAAAUUUUUUCUCCUAGUCUCUGGUAUAUAUUAUUUUUUUAAUUAAAGAGAUUGGCAUUAAAAAAAUCUCUACCUGUCAAAGGGUUCUGGUCAUUUUGAAAAAUAAAUAUCUAAAAUAAUACUGUG